AAACCAACCCGUCAAAGGCGUCAAAUCAACCCAAGCAAGCGAGAAAGCGUCCGUCAGUUCGUGUUUUGGGUAUCUCCAUAGUUUCUAACAAAAAUCUAAAAUGUUAAAUGACGGUUAAUUUAUUCUAAGUUCUAUAUAAAACUUUUAAAUUAAAUGUAUUAUGAAAUUAUUUUCCGUGAAUUUUACAGUUUUAUGAAUCCUAUGUAAUUUCACGAAUUUUGUGAUGUACUUUGUAAGUUGUUCAAAACAUUGGCGUGUUUAUCGAUAAAAAAAAACCUUUUUCCCUGUAAUUGACUUGAUAGUGUUGUGAAACUGAAAUUGUAUUGUUACAUUUUAUUUUGGAAAGGACAAACGGAUUGUUUACAUAAGUUAAAUAAGUGUGAAAGUAUCUACUGUAAACUGUCGGAGACACCAUGAGUGUUGUGUUCAGAGCAUUCAGGACGAGUUGCAAUUAUUUUAUAAUAGUGUUACUAUCGCAUUUGCGUUGCAGUACUUGAAUAUUCGUGUUGCGGUGGUAUAGACACUAGUGCAAGAUGAGAAAGCUUAGGUAAAGUGUGAAAUCAACAACCGUGGAGCAUCUGGUGGGAGGCGGUGGUGCGGGCGGCUUGCUGCCCGGCGCCUCGCCCGCCCAACAUCCCUCUAAUAUGCUCCAGCCCAUGGAGGAAAUGAUAAUUCCUCCAAAACGUCAAGCUGUUGUGGAUCGUCUACGACGCAGAAUUGAAACGUAUAGAAGAAGGCAAUCAGAAUGCGUACCCAGAUUUGACCAGUCCUUCACGGGCGCGUGUGAGCAACAGAAUCUGGAGACUAGCGCAUUGCAGAAACGUUUCCUGGAGGGUAAAGCCAAGCGUCAAGCGAAGAAAAGUGAACGUAAACCCGAGCUGCCGGCAAUCAGCGGAGUUCAUAGCAGUGUUCAUGUGCAACAAAAGUUUGGAUGCGGUGAUUACGAGCCACCAGCUAAACUGCAGUGCGUCGGUGGCGGGGGCGGCGCAGGCGAGGCACUAACUAAGUUCUCUGUAGAAAUAGUGCAACAGUUGGAGUUUACAACUUCCGCUGCAGACUCGCACCCACAACAGAUCUCCACCAACGUCACAGUGAAAGCGCUAGCUAAUGCUGUCAAGACUUCCAGUUCACCUCCACCGCAGCAACCUCCACCCAGAGUGCCUACGCCUCUGGACUGCGAACGUGAAUGUAAGGCAGAAUGCAAGUCCGAAGUAGCGGACGAUGAAUUUGUUGGCCUCGAUGAAUGUGCGGCGGCCCUGGAACGCGACGCGGCCUCCGCCUUCCCCGUCUUAGCCGAUCUUAUUGGUGAAGAAGACGGUGAAGAUGCCUUCGAAGAUCUCAUUACAGAGAUAUCAGGCUAUUCGGAAUUUAUGAAGGAUUUCGAUCUCGAUGGCAGCAAACUCAAUGGCAAUGGUAUGGGCCUGGAACCGUCAGAAGGCGAGCCUGCUCCGCGGCCGUAUGGUGGUGGCGAGAUGUCACCUGCCGCACAAACGCUCAAACAUAUGGCUGAGCAGCACCAACAAGCAGCGGGUGGUGACUGGGCUCGUUACCGAGGCUAUGGUGGCUAUCGCCCACGACCGGCGCCGCCGCCCAUCGACCACUUACACAUGUCACAGCAGCAGCAGUUGCAUCUAACGCAACCACACCAUAAUCUCCAGGUGUCAGCUGCGCAGCACAUGCAGGUGAGCGGCGCGGGGGGCGGCGGCGGGCACGUGUCGGUGGCAGCGCAGCAGGGCAUGUAUGCUAGCUUCCAGCACCAGGGGACGCCCUCGCCGCAACAUCAUCAAGGUAGCGGGUGUGAAUCGUACUCAAUGUCACAGUCACAGAGUAUAAACUUUUCCCAAGGAAUGCGUACUCGGCCAGCGGGGACCGCGCAACAGCCCACCGCGCCCGGCCCAGGCCCGCCGCAACCACUUGGCGUAGCAGCGGCGGGUUUAUCUCGUGAACAACAAGCGAAGAUGCUUCAACAACAGCAACAGCAAAUGCUACGAGCUCAACAACAGCAGAUGCGACCGCCGCCGCCUGAGUACAAGGCCCGGUUUGUGGGCGGCGCCGCGGGCGGUUCGGUGGGCGGUGUGGGCGCUGUGGGGGUCGGCGUGGGUCCCAGACGAGCCGCCGCCGCCGCGCCGCGACCCUUCCCGCCACACGCGCGCCAGUACUCGCCCGAGUGGCGUCACGUCCUUAUGCAGCAACAAGCCGCAGCCCGGCAGCAAUUUCCUCAUCAUCACCAAGGUUUCGGUAUGGGCGCCAUGGGUGGUGGUGGGAUGACGCAGCAACAACAAAUGCAGUUACAGCAAGUUCGUUUACAACAGCAGCAAUUGAUGCAACAUCAACAACAGAGGACUUCCAGUCAACAGCAGUCUCCAAUGUCACAUUUAAUUAUGCAACAAAAUCAAAUGAUGAAUGUUCAAGGACAGAUGCCAAAUAUCAAUAUGAGUCAAUCGCAGAACAUGUCAAUGCAACAGGGCGGUAUCACAGGCAUGGGGAAUACACAUCAAAGCAGCCCCAUGCAAAAUGGGCCUAUGCAGGGACAGGCCGGACCAAUGCACACGCAAAGCAGUCCUAUGCAACAACAGAACUCCAUGAUACCACAGAAUGGACCCAUGCAGACCCAGAAUGGUCAGCACUCAUUCCCUUCCCUCCAUAAUACGUCUUCCUUUACGGGACAAACUGCCGAAUUCAACUUGGACUUCCUUGACAACAUGCCUUCCACGGACGCCAGCAACCUCACCGCACAGGAAUUACUGAAUUCCCUUGAUAAUUCCUUUUUGAAUGGCAUACUUUAAAUAUGUUAGAAGUGAAAAAAAAAUCUAAUAAUUUGAUCUAUUUAUAGUCAAUUCGUAUUAGGUAUCCUUUUGGAUAUGUUUAUAUUCUGAAAAGAUUUAAAACAUUCAAAAAGAACACGACCAAUCUAUAACAAGUAUGACCAAAGUUUUCAAACAGGAAUUUAACAUCAGAGUUUAAUGUGGGUUAAAGAUAUUAUGUGUUAAGCUAAAUAAACUUCCGACGUCUUUUAGCACUGUCGAAUACAUUGUUUUAUAGAAUAUUUAUUGUGAAAAUAUCCAUUUCAUAGUAUUUAUACUUACGAUUGUUAAUAUUUCUUUUGUAAAUAUUUUAUUGUAAUUUUAAGACGUUUGUUUAAUAUAAUGAUAUCGUAACAUCAGAACAGUCAAGAGUAUUCCCACGCGAUUGAAAUGGAAUAUUUCAAUAUGCCGACAGUAGGUUAAUGCAUUUUUAUUACAGAUAUUACGGUAGUGGUAAGAAGUGAAGCACAAACAACAUUAUAAUCCACUAUUUUAAUAAUAUUUUAUUCACAAACAGUUUAAUUUUACACAAUAUGGUGUAGCUAUUGGGGGCAAUAGUUUAAUAUAAUAUAAAAAUGAGUUACUUAUUAUUUAUUUCUUUCCUCUGGCCGUCCUUUAAUAUUUUAUGUGUUAACUUUCAGUAAAAAACAUAAAGUUACAUAUAAAAUUUACUUUCCGCCUGGCAGCGGCCAAUUUUUUUAUUAUUACAUUAUUCUAUUAUAGUGCAAAUAUAAAUUUUAUGAUUUAUUGUAUUAUCAUUCCUGUACCUAAGAUAAAUAGUAGAUUAUACUGUGAUGUCGGUCUCAAUGGUCAAUAGGUUAAAUAGAAUCAAUUAUUAAAAUAGAUUAUUGUUAUUGUUAAGGAUCUCAUGUAUCACUUAGGAUGAGGUUUCGAAGAUUCUGGAAUUGUAGGACGUUGGUUUUUUAUUUCAUCAACGAAUUAUGGUUUUAAUGCCAAUGUUUAUUAUCUACAUUAUACAGAUAUUUUAUUGUAAUUGUGGACUUUUUGACAAUGAUGUAUUAUGUUGUGAGACACCUUAGAGAUUCCUUUACAAUAUAAUUCAAAAUAAAGACAGUCAAUUAUAAUAAUUAUAUUAUAGUCAUGUGAUACAAUAUAUUGUUUAUUUCGGACUUAACCAUGAUAUGUUAUUAUAAACAAAUCAAGGCAACAUAAAAUUACGUGGCAGCUGAAAUUUGUCAAUGUUAUAAAACUAAAAGUGAGUAUACAAAAUGAUAAAUUUGCCAAUUUUUCACUGAUUAUAACGUUAUUAUUAUUUAUUACCUGUCUUUUAUGUUGUUUUGAAAAAAAUCCAUCUUAUUGAAUUGUAAAGGAAACUUUUGAGAAAUUUAAUUUUAAUUAUAUGAAGAAAAAAGUUAAAAUGUAAAUAAAAUAUAGGACACGAUUCUGAUGCCAUGUCUACUCAGACGGGGGACGGUGUUUGAGGGUACUUUUAAUAUUCGUUGUAAUGGAACUGUUGAGUCGCAUGCUCGUUUGCCCCCUGUGUUGUAAAAAAAAUUGUUUAAAUAACAUUCAUAUCACACACGAGGUACUAGAAAUUCUCUAUUGUAAAAAAAAAAAAACUAAUGAAAAGCACCCCAAGAACUGUCCCUUGUCUGAACAGUCCAUUAAAUAUCCAAUUAUAUACCGCGCUUUAUAGCGUAGUUCGGGUGACAACUGAGAUUUUGGUAGUUUUCUAGCAAAAGAAAAAAAUAUUCGUGAAAUUUUUAGAGUAGAAUUAGAGGAGAGUAGUUUAACUAUAGCCAUUUAGGGGACUCUAUUGUCUAUUUCGAUUAACAUUGAGGACGACUGUUACGUCACUAGGGUCAUCUUUUUUAGAAUUUAAUAUUAUGUUUGGGUAGUCUGGAAGUUUAAAAUUAUGUUUUGAAAUAGUUUAAAAUUUCGUAAUUUUAGAAGUUGUUAUGUAUAUUUUUUCAUGCUUGGCAUAUUAUUUUAGUAAAAAAAUGUUUUUUUAUUACAUUAAUAAAGUAAAAAUUUAUUUUUUUUAUUAAUGUAAAAAAAAAUUAAACCUUAUUUUUAAUUACCUUUUUAAAAAUAUUAUUGUUUGUGUUACGAAAAAUUUAUUAGAAUACUUAUGCCAAGUAUAAAAAAAAAUUACCCACUAUACUUUUUUAAGUAAAAAAAUAUAAUAAACUAUCAAAUAAUGACCUAAUUGGUCAUAUUCAUACAUAAAAAUUAAUUUCUAAUAAUCGCAUAGUCGGACAUUCAUUCGAUGCGGUACAUUCGAUAUGUAAUGUCAUUGACCGAUUGCCGACAGGGCGUGCACGCAACGAGCGAGAGCCCCAUCCAUGUGUCCUUAGUUUCCAGAGAUAUUAUAACAGCGUACACGUUACGUUGCGCCCAUACUGAUUCGACACAUAUGAGCUGCACUUGGUAUCCGCUAUAUGAAGAUAAACUACUCUUCUUUACUCUGCUAGAAGUCAAUAUAAUUAUGGAUUCUUGCUCACGAUCAAAUGUUUUGUUGAGUCCUUAAGUUACGUUUUAGUAUUUUUUUCUCAUAUAAGAACCUAUCUGUCACCCACUUUAUGUUAUAAUGCGCAGAAUAUAGUAUCGGAUCUCUAAACAUAACCAAUAUCUUAUUGAAUGGCUCAGAAUCGUCGUAAUGAAAUGGGAUUCCACUUUCCUGAAAAUCAGAUAAAAACCAAUUGUGAACGAAUGUAACAUUCCAGAGCCAUUGUUAACAAUGUUUUAACUUUAGGACCAAUUUUUGAUCAUUCUUUUGAAAUAAUAUUGCAUAUUGAAA